GGAAGUUCGACUGUGUCUUGUGUUGUUUCGUUUCAAAGCUGGAAAACUAAGCAAGUAGGCUCGAGAUGUUCUCCGGCUAUCAGGCGCGGGAAGAGUACGAAGACGAGCUUUACGCAGAGGAAGACCAUGAUGAUGACUCUGGACCUGACAGCGAUCUCGAGUUCCAGCUCUAUUCCCAGCUCCACUACUGCGCAGAUAAGCAGGAGAAACAUGCGGAGAACUGUGAGAAGAACCAUGAGGAAAACCGGCCGAGCUCCUGUCACGAGUUUCAGCCUGUCCGGAAAGUCCAGCUGCUUUCUGCUCCUUUUGAUGACAUCAUCAUGAUCGACUCUGGCCCAGAUGUCAUCACGGUUUCAGAUACCACUGAGGACGAAGAGGAGGAGAGUGUGUGCACCAGGAAAGGUCAGAGGUCAAAAGAGAAGGGAGUUGCUCCCGUUUUACAGCCUCAUGGACAUGACGCAGUCUGCGAAGAAGUGGUAGUCUUAAAUUCGGAUUCAGAGUCGGACCAGAGUUCAGAUUCAGAAUCUGUUCCCCCGUUCGUAGCGGAUCUGGAUUCGGAUUCGGAUUCAGAUUCAGAUUCAGACAAAUUGGAGAGCUGGAUGAUUCUGGGUCGGGAAAAGGAGGACGGAGACCAGGACAUACAGCUUAAUGUGUUUACGGUUCGCAACCAGGGUCAGCCAGAGUUUGUGAGCGUGGCGGGUGACGAGCAGGGCUGGGCCGUCUCAGACAAAGACAAGGAGGCCCAGAUCUGCAACAAAAGAGGCUUGGUGGCGACGAGACGCGUCUCAAAUCGCUACUACACCGAGAAGACGGUCACCUGCCGCAACUGCAACAAGCUCGGCCACCUGUCCAAGAACUGCCCCACCCCCAAGAAGGCACCAUGUUGUUCGCUGUGUGGUCUCCAGGGCCAUUUUGUAAAAAGCUGUCCAAACCGUCACUGCUCGAACUGCGCUCUUCCGGGUCACACGUACGACGACUGCCUGGAGAGGGCGUACUGGCACAAACGCUGCCACCGUUGCGACAUGACCGGCCACUUCGCCGACGCCUGUCCUGACAUCUGGAGGCAGUACCACCUCACGACGAGGGCGGGGCCUCCGGAAAAAUCUCUGAAUCCGGACGUGCAGAAAUCUCCUGCAUACUGCUACAACUGCGCUGGAAGGGGACACUUCGGACAUGAGUGCACAGAGAGGAGGAUGUUUAACGGGACGUAUCCCACGCUCCCGUUCGCCUCCGUAUACGACAACCAGCACGACAUCAAACGCAGGGAGUACCGCGUCCAGCUCCGAGCCCAAGAGCUCCAACUGGCCGGCCUUCUCGAGCACAACGGAGACGCUCCCACUUCUCAACCUCCUCGAAAGAGAGCCAGGAAGGCACAUUUCGGAAGCGCGCCGCUCCCUCAGACGCCUCAGACGCACACCCCGAAGAGACGCAUCGCCCACACGCCUAAACACCCUCCUCAGGCCACGCCCAAACCCAAGUCCACACCCAACACCCACCUGCAAUGGAACGACGGCACACCCGCCCCCAAGAGAAGAAAGAAUAAAAAGAACGGCGCGAAGACGCGCACCCCUGACGCCAACACACCGCGCUUAGAAGGCAAGAAGAAACCAAAGAACAGGAAGCAGAACCCGAACCAGGACGAGGACUUCCCACGGAGCUGCCAGAAAAGCCCCGGUAACAAACGGGCGCUCAUUCACACUCCGCCGUACGGAGGCAGGAGAAGCCCGGGGGCGGCGGUCGGCUCGGAAAAGAGCAAGAAGAAGAUGAAGAAGGAGGAGAAGAGAGCGAGGAAGGCGGCCAGGGACCCCGAGAACCUGUUUCUGAUCAAACAAAGGAAACGUACUAGAUAGUGUGUGUGUGUGUGAGAGAAAGAAGGGACUAGUAAGAAUUUUUUUUUUUUUUGCUUUGUCUCCCUCUAGUGUCCAUCAUCACUAUUACACACUGAGAGACUCUUGGAGAGAACAGACCAUGAUUUAUUUACAGUAGAAAAGAAAAAAAAAAAAAACACACAACCUAUAACAUACAUGACAAGUUGCUGUACCAAGUUGUGUUUGUUUCCUUACAUGUAAUAGAAUCCCCACACAUACACACACACUACAGUGAAAACACACAAACAUCUCAGAGCUGUAAAGCCUCUUUUUACGUCCUCUUUUACCUCUUAACCGCUAUGAAAAAGCUGCUCCUGAACACACUGGGCAUUUUUACAUACAGUUUUCACCUCCGAAGGAUUUUUUUUUUUGUUUAGGAAACUGAGCCGAACAAACACUCGGCGUGUACAAACGUUUGUUAGAGAGCUUUAUUAUUUAAAGCUUCUAUUUAAAUGUGUGCACAUCACUGCGGGAAAUAAAAGCAGGACAAGG